AUGCCUGUCUACCGAAUGACAACACGUCGCCGCUUGUCGGAAACAGUGUCGUUCGGGUCGACGUCUCCGGCGCUGAGCGACCGCAAGGAGUUCCCUCUCUUCUACCGCACCGUCGCGCCGGACUCUUCGCACAACCCGGCCCGGCUGGCGUUCGUGCGCGGCUUCGGCUGGGACACGGUGGCCGCUCUCAGCCAGAACGAGGACGUCUACUCACUGGCGGUGAACGACCUCGUGACGGAGCUGGAACAGGCUAACAUCACAUGCAGCGCCACCAUCACCUUUGCAGAGUCCGACUUCGAGGACCAGAUGCGCAUGCUGCGGGAUCUUGACACGAGGAUCAUCAUCGGCAGUUUCUCGCAGCAGGUGGCUCCGAAGAUUUUUUGUGAGGCCUACCAGCUGGGCAUGUUCGGCGGCGACUACGCGUGGAUCCUGCAGGGCGGCCCUGACAGCCGCUGGUGGCGCAACGCCUCGGCCCCCUGCCCGCCCACGCAGCUGGCCGCCGCCGUCGAGGGCCUGCUGCUCGUCUCCUCGCACAACCGCCUCGUCGGCAGCGCGCCAGCCAUCUCGGGCAUGACGAACGCGCACUUCGUGGAGGAGUUCUCGCGGCGCGCACUGCCCGUGUCGCCGUACGCGCCGCAGACGUACGACGCCGUGUGGGCCAUCGCUCUGACGCUGCGCGCCGCGCACCGCCGCUGGGCAGGCGCCACCUCCGUGCGCCACUUCGACUACUCGCGCCGCGACAUGGCCCAGGAGUUCCUGCGCCAGAUGGGCCGCCUCAGCUUCCUCGGAGUCUCGGGUCCAGUGUCGUUCAGCGGCGCCGACCGCGUCGGCAUCUCAGCGUUCUACCAGGUACAAGGUGGCGAGGUGGUGACGGUGGCGCUGUUCGACCCUGCGACGGGCGCGCUCGACUUCGGCUGCCCCGGGUGCGGCGCGGUGGCGUGGCAGGGCGGCCAGGUGCCCGUGGCGCGGCGCGAGUUCCGGCUGCGCGUCGUCACCAUCGAGCCGGCCGCCUUCCUCAGCGUCGCCUGCCUCGCCGUCGUCGGCAUCUCGCUCGCCGUCGCCUUCCUCGCCUUCAACCUGCACUUCCGCAAACUCAAGUACAUCAAGCUGUCGAGCCCUCGCCUCAACAACAUGGCGGUGGUGGGCUGCAUCCUCGUGUACACGGCCGUCAUCCUGCUGGGCCUGGACCACGCCACGCUGCCCGCCAGCACGCACUUCCCCGCCGUCUGCACGGCACGGGUUUACCUGCUGUCAGCUGGAUUCUCCUUGGCUUUCGGCUCCAUGUUUACGAAGACGUAUCGUGUGCACAGGAUAUUCACCAGAAGUCGCAGCGGAGUCGUAAAGAAUAAGCUGCUGCAGGACACGCAGCUAAUAUCGCUGAUCUGCGUGCUGCUGCUGAUCGACGGUCUGAUCGUGACGCUGUGGGUGAUCGUGGACCCCAUCCAGCGCCACCUGCGCAACCUCACGCUCGAGAUAAGCGCGUCCGACCGCAGCGUCGUGUACCAGCCACAGGUGGAGGUGUGCCGGUCGCAGUACACGCACUCGUGGCUGGGCGCGCUGUACGCCUACAAAGGUCUGCUGCUCGUCGUGGGGGUCUACAUGGCCUGGGAGACGCGGCACGUGAAGAUCCCGGCGCUGAACGACUCGCAGUACAUCGGCAUGAGCGUGUACAGCGUGGUGAUCACCAGCGGCAUCGUCGUCGUGCUGGCCAACCUCAUCUCGGAGCGCGCGACGCUCGCCUUCGUCACCAUCACGGCGCUGAUCCUGACGUCGACGACGGCCACGCUGUGCCUGCUCUUCCUGCCCAAGAUGCUGGCCAUCCUGGGUCGCGCCGCGCACGCCGACCCCAUCGUCGAGAGCAUGGGCCUCAAGAUAGAGUGCAACACCCGCAGGUUCGUGACGGACGACCGGCGGGAGCUGUACUACCGUGUGGAGGUGCAGAACCGGGUGUACCGGCGGGAGAUGGCCGCGCUCGACCUGGAGAUCGGCCGCCUCAAGCGGCAGCUGUUCGACUCCCCGGCGGCCUCCUCCGCCGGCUCAACCUCCUCCGUGGGCACCAAGCGGGGUGAGCUGUCGCCGCUGGAGGCGACGGCGCUGGCGCGGCUGAGCAUCGACGAGGCGAUGCCCAACCCGGCGGCCGGCGUGGGCGGCGGGCUGCCGCUGCUGCUGCUGUCGGUGCUGCCGCCGGUGAUCCCGCGCGCCAGCUGGCCCUCGGCGGACCGCGGCCAGCUGCCCAUGCGCCGCCAGGUCACCUUCAGCUCCGAGCCCAAGCUGGACGACAACGUCGCCUCCGCCGUCUGCUCUCAGCCCGCGCCCUCCGCCCACGGCGACUACGACGACGUCGCCAGCUUCGACCACGACGGUGACGUCGACCCGGAUGUGGAGGGACUGCACGGUGCCAAUCGGAAGCAGGGAGUCUUUGGCCGCAUCUGGAGCUUCUUGGGGAGCAGUCGCCCUUCCAGCCGGAAGGCGUCGGCGACAUCGUUCAGCGGCGGCGGCGGCGGGGGCGGAGGCGGCGCUGGGAUCGCGUCUGCGCUGCGGCUCCACAUGGGCUACCUGUCCGGCCUCGUGGCCGGGGGCGGACCCGGGGGCCACCACGGCGGCUCCGGCGCGUCCACACUCAGCCACAGCCAGUGCGCGCUCGGACCAGGGAUGGUGCCGGCGUCAUCCCGCGAGCUGCACCCCCUGAAGAAGCUGAGCAGCGGCGGCAUAGCCACGGGCGGCAGCGGGCCCAUCAUCAGCGUCACCUCCAACGACGACGCCGACGACGCCGACGCGGGUCGCCGCAAGUUCUCGCUCGGCAUGUGUCUCUCCAGGGACCUGGACGGCGGCCCCGUAGGCAGCCCGUGCGUGCUGUCCAAGGAGGCGCUGCGGCGCGCCAGCGCGGGGGCGUCUCCGCGGCCGCGCGCCGGCAUCCACCACCAGCACUCGCAGCCCAACCUGCCGUUCCGCGAGCGCGCCAAGGGGUCGCCGCGCUUCCCGCACCGCGUCGUGCCCACCUGCAGCCUGACGGCGCUCGACAGCCGGCGCAAGAGCAGCAGCAGCCACCACCACCACCUGCACGUGCGGCAAGGUCACCAGCGCGCAGACCUGCUCGACAAGUGCCGCUCGCUCGAGGACGCCCGCUCCUUCCACUGCGGGUCGGCCGCUGCGCACGCUGCCGUCCACCAGGUGUCUGGGUCGAACUGGAAACCCCGUGCUGCCAGUUACAGCCCCAACUGUGACGUUUGGGGGACGGCGGAGUUCGGCAUCCCUCUGAGUGAACUGGCCAACAGCAACCGCGGGCGAGACCGCGACAGCGCUCCCAACGUCAAGGACUAGAAACAGUACCACCUGCAGAGCUGGAGCGGCUACGAACCACGUGCGUCUGCCACGCCCCGUCUGGUCGCUCGACUCCAUCUCUUAUCACCGCCUUGUCUAAGGAGAUUCUUGGUUACCACGUCUUAUAAUCGAAGCACUUCUGCUUGCCCAGCUCUGAGGCCACUGUGGUCGCUACAGCCUGUCGUCGUCCCAGCGGCCACACUCUGGCUGCGACGGAGAAAUGCAGUUUGCUGCUCCCGUGAAGCUACAGUCCUCAUCCACGAUGCGUUGUUAGUGGCUGAUUUGAUCAAAAGUGUCAUGAUCACGUGUAGAUCCCAAAUAAAUGUUUCCCGUAUCUCUCUUGAAACUUCCCUAAUUAUCUUCUCAUCUCAAUUUAUGUCACAGCUGCUACAACAGCAUACUUAGAUUACGUGAUUCAUCAUCAAAGUAACGGAACGUAGCUACAGAUAGAAUGACUCAAUACGACGAGGUGGAGAUCAUCUCUCAAAGAACUGGUCUCUGUCGGAAAAACGUCCAACACUUCACGUAAUGCGGCAUGCCACUGAACAAUCUCAGUUCGAGGAUCACAUCCUACAUAAUAAUAAACUCCUGGAAGGAGAUUAAGAGAGAAAUUGUUGGUUCAGACAAGCAAUACCCAAGAAGAACACUAGUCAUGCAACCAAGUUUUCUCAGCUAGAAUAAUGUUAACAGAUCUCAUCGGCGUCGAAAGCUACAUCCUGAAAUUUUUAAUUCAAAUUUCCACGUGUAGUCUCCCUCUCCAGUCGUCUUCUGCGUAACAUUACGUGUUGUGGAAUUUACUUAUAACGUGUUAUUGCGUUUCAAACUCUACUAAACUCACGUGUGAUGUUUAUAUUUUUAUUUCUUUGGAAGAGAAUGUGAAGCUUCAUCCUCCUUACGGACCAUUUUUCACUUAACGAUUCUAUAUUUCUGCCUGCGGAGCGAAAAUACGAAAAGGAAGUCAAUGGGCGUAGUGUAAUUCCAAGGAGUCGGAAAUUCUUGGUUUGCCGCUGGUAUCGUUGCUUCUCCCCUAAAAACGUAAAUUUCGACACAACGCUUGUAAUUUGCUAAUUAACUGUACACAUUUUGUGCAACGUUACGCUACUUGUACGCUCUGGUUAAAGAGUAAAUUCGUACCAGCACAAAAUAGUGCGUACGUAAUUGCAAUGACGCUUUCAACCGUAUCAAACGCAAGCGUUGCGCUACAUUUGGCCAAUAACUGCUUUCAGAAAAUCUUAUGAAGGAUUCCCACACCAGCAAAUGACUUUUUCUGUACUGUCUGACCGAAAAACAGUUACCACGACAGAAGGUGAGAAUAGAAGUGAAGCAGAGGAAAUAAUUUGAUUGGGAGUUGAAGUUAACUUAAAUUUCAUUCACUCUAAAUGCAAGACUGGACUAUGACUCGCUACAAUGGUAAAUAAGUUUUCACAGCAUCCUUUCUUACUUUGUAUGUUCUUACAAUAAUAUGCUGUAGCACUGACACACGCUAUGUUGCGUGUGCGAACAUGGUAGUAGGUUUUUAACUGUACGUUCUCAAUGAUUGCGUCCCGGAGAAGUGUUUUUUUUUUUCUCACUCAGUAAUAGUAAUAUCUGAUGGACAUUAUAAACAUCAGAAAAUUUAAAAUUAGCAAAAUAAGUACUGCAUUUCUGGGGCAACUAAGACAAAGAAAACGGACUCUUCCUUGUUAUGUAAUAUGUUAGACCUAUUACUGAAACACUAUUUCCAUGCAGAGUAGUACAUCUGCAUAAAACUAGGGACAUUUUAAUUAUUUGUUUUUGUUAUGUCAUAUAGUCAGUGUCGUCUACAGACGCAUGAGCGGUAUGGUCUUCCUGAAUAUCCAGUCAGUAAAGCAAUCUAUUCUGUUUAAACAUCAUUACACUAUAGUGAACAAAAACAGAAACUUUAUACUAGCGAGCAAGUAAACUUUGUCGAAGUGUCAUCGCAGGAAUGGUCAAGGUAAAUCUUCACAUUGAGAAAAUUCACAUGAUACGAUGCUGUUUCAAGAGUCGUCCUUAAUGACCCUGGAACUCUGAGGACGCCAAUAUAUUAACGUCAUUUAAUGAGACAUUUACGGAAAUUACACUAUAAUAAAUAGUUUCUAAUUAGUCUGUCUAUAAGAAAAGAAAAUUGGACUAUAAAAUAUGAAUUUCAUGUGCAAAUUCAUUGACAAAAUGUCGUUCAAAAGUUAGAUGGAAGAAAGGAGACAAACAAGAAGUCCAACCACAUUAAUUUUAUUCGUUUAUCAUCUGGAAGGGGAUGGUUUGUAUUUGUAACAUUUCUUCUAACCAACAUGUUUUUGGCGAUAUUUUUUUGCGUAAAACUGAAAAGAAUGAAACAGUUUUUCUUUAAGGGAUGCUGUUUAAUUAUAUAUUUUUUGUGAGCCUUUACUUUACGUUUUAAUCAAAUUAAAGACAAAUUUUUGUUUUGAAACUUCCUGGCAGAUUAAAACUGUGUGACCGACCGAGACUCGAACUCGGGACCUUUGCCUUUCGCGGGCAAGUGCUCUACCAUCUGAGCUACUGAAGCACGACUCACGCUCGGUACUCACAGCUUUACUUCUGCCAGUAUCUCGUCUCCUACCUUCCAAACUUUACAGAAGCUCUCCUGCGAAACUUGCAGAACUAGCACUCCUGAAAGAAAGGAUAUAGCGGAGACAUGGCUUAGCCACAGUUUUAAUCUGCCAGGAAGUUUCAUAUCAGCGCACACUCCGCUGCGGAGUGAAAAUCUCACUCUGGAAUUUUUGUUUUGUUAUCAAUAAUCUGAGCCUAUUAAUUCUUUCGUAGGAAUAUAUCUUUCCACCUUAGAGAACAUUUAGCAUGAAAUCUGUGUUCGUACAUCCUUGUAGCAACUUUUGGAUGAUUCUUUCAAGCCAUUAUUACACCACGCAUAUCUUUCAAUAAAGUUAUAUUUUGUGACAGUGACAUUCAUGAUAUCAUGCGUAAAUGAUAUUUUGUAUACUAAUGUUUAUCUUUCGUUGUGCGAAAGUAAAUGAACGAUGGUUAUGGUAGAAAUAUAUUUUAAGUUUAAAAAUAUCUGAUGUCACCCACAAGAAAAUUUCUUCCACGGUUUCUACGACUUUAUUUUGUAAAAUGUUUCUCGGUGAGAUAGUUCUUAAGCGAUCCAUGCUCAUAAUACCGGUACUCUUAAUGAAAACUAGUAUGUCUCAUGACGAAUGUUUCUCUCAGCCGUGUCCAAUGAAAUACUUGAUCUAUUUUCGGAGAUAUUUUACAUGUGUUGUAGUGAAAUAAUGGCUUAUCCUUCUACAUUCAAAGCCCUUGUUGUUUAGAUCUGUAUAAAACGUUAGAACUACCUUUAAUUUUAACCCCUCGCCGAAGGUAAUAAUGUGUCAAAAGACUCUACAUGUAACUCGAAGAUGAGCAAUAAACUUUCCAUUUUCAUUGUGCAAUUAAUGUAUAAACUGAAAGGCAAUCAUAUUUCAUGUGAUCUAUAUGAAUGUUAAACGCUUCUUCUCUCUUGGCACUAUUGUUUCUGUAGACCUAAGUGAACUGAUGUCAAUAUAUUUUCCACUUUAUAACAUGUGGGAAGCAUUUCUCUCAAGUGCCAAGCAGUAAAAAUAUUACUAUUUUUUGUUCUGUAGAAUAUAACUAAGUCUAUUGCUGUUGAUUGAUGAAUAGAUUAU